AUGAGCCGUGAUGUGGCCAUCCAAGCCUCAGCCAAAUUGUCUGGGGACUGGAGUGCCCCAGAGUAUACCAAGUCCCUGACCAAGGAAGUCCUCCAAGAGCUGCUGCCCCGCUUCCCCAAAUUGGACCCCCUGGUUCGCAUGCGGUUGCUCCUCUCCGUCAUGUCGCUUCCUGCAGAGGCCCGAGCCGGCAUGCAACAGGAACUUGAGGCCCUGUCAGCGGCUGUAAAGGUGGACAAGGAGGAGUGGGUGGGGGUCAUUGGGAAAGCAGUAGGCAGCUUUGAUGGCCAUCUGGACUUGGACGCAGUUGUCAGGAAGUCAUCCGCUGUGAGGGAGACGCUGAAAGACCUGCGAUCAAGGGCAGACAGUGGGAAGACUGCCGGCAUGCGGCCUCUAGAGAUCAUACAGAGUAUAUGCAGGGAGGGAGUGGCGACUGCAUCGGCGGCUCUGGCGCAGCCGGCAGCCAACGCAGAAGCCGCUGCGAGCCUGGCAAACGCUGCAGCGGUCCACGCAGCUGCCAUGUCAGCCCCAAGCCCGCCGCCGGUUGAACAUGCUGGCCCCUCCCACAGACACUCCUCCGACGCAGCCUCACAGUCUCUGGGGAAGCGCUCUGGCGGGUUGGGGGACAUGUUCCGCUCUACAAGGCCUGUGCAUGUCAACAGGCCAGCAGCGGGGUCUGCAGCAUCAGCAGGGGGAGUCGAAAGAAAAGGGAUGCAGCGCACAGCCAAGGCCAAGCUCAUCGAUGUGAACGAGGUCAUUGCACUCCAACAGCACAAUCAGCCGCAGGCCCCCAGCGCUUCACAACCUUCUGAGUCUGGAGAUCGCGGUGCAGCUGCCGCUGCGAACGGCGGGACAGUGCAUGCCCAGGAUCCUGACGACGAGCUGGAAGAGGGUGAAGUGGCCGAGGAAGGCGAAUUGCCCAUGCCGGCUGCCAAUCCCACAAAACGGCACCGCCUGAACGGGCCCCCAAAGGUGGCGCAGCAGCCCUACAGGGAUAGAGGGCCGUACAGCCCGCCGCCGCGAUUCUCACCGCAGCGCUAUGCAGACGACCACCUCAGCCCUGGACGCAGCAGGCAGUAUGGGGAGCAUGCACACCAGCGCGGAAUGUAUGACAGCUACAAUGGGGGCCCUUAUGAGCGCUCAGGCUCAUGGCAGGAUUUUGAUGCACCGCAGCAGGACCCUUCUGGCGGCAUGUCAAAUCACCGAAAGCGGCAUAGCAUUGAUCAGCAACUAGGGUAUCUGACGACACUGGCGGAGAGCAUCGCUUAUUAUGUCGUCAGUGGUGGUGUCAAUUUCGCCGCGAUCCUUAUUGCGACGGCAUUGUUCCCCAUGUUUUACACGGCCGGCAUCGCCAUCAAAAUCGCAGAUCUGAAGGGUCGUGACAACAGGUUGGCUGGACCUGGGAAACCUGAUAUUCAGUAUCCACGUUUCCUACCGCUCGGGGGUAAAAGCCAGAUCAUUUUCAACAAUGUCCUUGAGGAGGUGCUGUCUUGGGUGUAUGGUAAAUAUGACCUUGACGGCGGCUGCAACGAGCCGACAAUCAACUCCUUGAAGCUCCUAUUCACGGAGUUUCCAUGUCGACUCAUACGGAGCUGCCACUUGUUGAACAAGUGGCUGUCAUACCUGGUCUUUGGCAGUCUGGUCUUUGGCAGUCAGGAGGAAGGGGUGCCUCAAUAUGAGGGUUACAUCCAGGGCAUUGACUUCAGCAUUGACAGGGCGACAUUGGCAGCCUUUCCAAGCACAAAGGGAGCAACUUCAAAGGAGAAUGCCCUGGUCCUGGCCAUUGCAUCACAGCUUUCCUACAACCGCAUCUACCUUAUCAGAGACAUUGUGAACAGGAACUGGACAGAUGUAACCUUCAAGGGGGGAUGGGAAUUUGACUAUGUCAGCCUGAAGCCAAAAGACGAUGUGAAAUAUGAGCAGAAGAACUCCGACAUCUCAGCAGUCCUGCUGCAAGUGGGUGGCCCGGGAGAGGGGCGAGCUCUCAUCCUGGCCUUCCGUGGGACCGAGCCCCUGAAAAAUGUCAAUUGGGCAGUGGAUUUCCAGACAGAGCCGCCGCCAGAGGAUGAGGAGUGGAAGUAUGGGGUCUACCACAUGGGCUUCAGGACUGCCCUUGGACUGGGCCCUAAUCUGGCGUCUGACAGAACCAGCAAAGUCAAGUACCUUUCUUGCAAUGCAGAGAAUGGACAGUAUAAGCGAGAGAAGGCAAACUCCUCACCCUUCCUUGUCAUGAAAGCCGCCAUCGAUGCAAUUUUGGCCAAGGAACCAAAGAUGAAGCUGUACGUCACAGGCCACAGCCUGGGCGCUGCUCUGGCCAGCAUCUUUGCAGCUGCACUGGUGGUUCCCCCAGACACAAAGGCGGUCUAUGACUUGGACCCCAAGCCGGUCUUUGGCGCCCUCUGCACCUUUGGACAGCCAAGGGUGGGCAAUGCAAAGUACACCAUCAACCUGGAGAGUGCCCUGAGCAAAGACCGCACGGAUCGCCGGUACAUGCGGGUGGUCAACACGGAUGACAUCGUGUGCCGCAUGCCGCCGCCGCAAGUGUCUCCCCCGCCCUGGUAUGCAGACGCGCCGUUCUGGCAGCACCCGGGCCACCUGGUCUUCCUGCCAGCAGUGCCAGCGCGCUUCAAGCCGAUGCGCGCCGCUGCGAUGCAGAACGGGUCUGCGUCCGCCCCCACCAAGACGCCGACAGAGACAGAGGAGGACGCGCCUGAGAACCAGCCGGGCGCGCGCGAGCGCAACCCUUCGGUCGUGGAGCUGUUGGAGCAGCCCACCAUCUAUCGCGGCAGCAGCCUCUGGCACGCCAUCAAGAAGGCCCUGUGGGCGACUCUGGACCUCAUCAGGGGCGGGGCCGGCAUCAACAAACCCAGCACGCUCACCUUCAAUCCGGCACCCAGCCUGCUGCGCGUGCUGACACUGUGGCUGGUGGUAGUCACUGUGCUGCCACUGGGCUUGCUGCUGCUGCCGACUCCGCUGUUCCCUGUGGGAGUUGCGCUAAUUCUGAUUGGGCUGCUGUGGGGCGGGUUGACUCAGGGCGUCAGCGACCAUGCUCUUGACGGCUACAUCCGCGCGAUCGUGGCCUCCAACAAAAAGAACUGGACGGUGUAA